AUGGCUUCCAUGAACGAAAUUUUCACCGGCUAUCAUGCCCGACAAGCCGUUUUGGAGGCAUCUUACGACAAGAAUGCAUUCGCGAGGGGUAUUGCUUGGAUAGAAGGCGAUUUCGUGCCUUUGCACCAAGCUCGAAUCCCGCUGCUGGAUCAGGGGUUCAUGCACAGCGACCUAACAUACGACGUGCCAUCGGUGUGGGAUGGGCGCUUUUUCCGUUUGGACGACCAUAUGACACGGCUAGAGGCUAGCUGCGGCAAAAUGCGACUUCGACUGCCCCUGCCCCGCGACGAGAUCAAGCGUACUCUCGUCGAGAUGGUGGCCAAAAGCGGCAUUCGAGAUGCCUUCGUCGAGCUCAUUGUGACUCGCGGCCUCAAGGGUGUCCGUGGCCACACUCCCGGCGAGACCUUCAAGAACAACUUGUACAUGUUCGUCCAACCAUUCGUGUGGGUCAUGGAGCCCGAGCUGCAGCCCACGGGUGGUAAAGCCAUUGUGGCGCGUACAGUCCGACGAAUUUCUCCGGGUUCUAUUGAUCCGACCGUUAAGAACCUGCAAUGGGGUGAUCUUACUCGUGGUCUAUUUGAGGCUGCUGAUCGCGGAGCUGUGUAUCCCUUCCUAACAGACGGAGUUGCCAACAUAACUGAGGGCUCGGGCUUCAAUAUCGUUUUGAUCAAAGACGGUGCACUCUACACGCCCGAACGUGGCGUUCUACAAGGUGUGACGCGCAGAAGCGUUAUUGAAGUUGCUCACUCCCACGGUUUGGAAGUGCGCGUUGAAUACGUGCCUGUCGAUUUGGUGUACAGCUGCGACGAGAUUCUUAUGUGCACUACGGCCGGUGGUAUCAUGCCCAUCACAGAACUUGAUGGCAACCCUGUGAAUGAUGGCAAAGUUGGGCCCAUUACAAAGAAGAUCUGGGAUGGAUACUGGGCGAUCCAUUAUGAUCCUCGCUACAGCUUUGAGAUCAAUUAUCAGACCGGGACGAUGAUGACUCUUAAUGGCGCCAAAGGCUGA